UAAAGUCAAAGUUACAUUACCAAGCUUCUAUUCUCCAACAGUAAAUACAGAACAGCUCCAUCAAUUGUUCGGUUCUUUCUCAUCGUUAUCUAUUACAAAAGAACAAGGCGACACAAUGAAGACACUAGAAGCUGUAUCGUCUCCUCCAGUCAAACCACUGCUUGAUGAACCGCGACUCACCGCCACCAUAAAUACUGGAUAUGAAUAUCUAUACAAUGUUGGCUGUCUCAGUGAUGAAAAACUCUGGACGUAUGGAAAUAUCAAAAUCAUGAAGCUCCUCAACCUCCAAGACAAACUACUGACAUCAAUCCAAACCAAGUCAAGAAACACACCACGAGACAUAGCAGUGACACGGGACGGAGAUCUUGUUUAUACUGACAUUAACAAAACUGUCAACAUCGUGAAAAAUAAACAGAUAGAGACCGUGGUCACACUACAGGGGUGGACAUAUCGCAGUGUCUGUAGUUCCUCCUCAGGUGACCUCCUGGUUACCAUGGACAGUAAUUAUAUCAAACAAUCCAAAGUUGUGCGUUACUUUGGCUCCACAGAGAAACAAAGCAUUCAGUUUGAUUAUCAGGAUCGUCCUCUCUAUUCAUCUGGUUACAUUAAAUACAUCAGUGAGAAUAGGAACCUGGAUAUCUGCGUGGCUGACUAUGGAGCUAGAGCAAUAGUGGUGGUCAAUCAGUCAGGAAAACUCCGAUUUAGAUACACUGGUCAUCCCAAUGAUACCAAGGAAUCGUUUAAUCCAUUGGGCAUCACUACAGAUAGCCAGAGUCACAUCCUGACAACAGACCAUUACAAUGACCGUAUACUCAUCCUAGAUCAGAACGGACAGUUUCUCAGUUACAUUCAGAACUUUGAUUUACUCCGUCCAUACGGUUUGUGUGUGGCUGAGUGGGGCACUGGUAAAGUGAAGAAAAUCCAAUAUCUAUAAACACAGUGAUGAUUAGAAAUAUGAAGAGAGUUUUCAUUACACACCUAAACACUCUCUCAAUUACAAAUGUAAUCGUUGUGUUAAUUAGACAUGAAAACUGUGUUAAAUACAUGAAAGAUACACUGUUAGAUACCGAAGUGUUAGGGACGUCAAACAUACAUGUGUAUUAUACAAUAAAUGUGUAGCUGUUUAUGUGUGUGUGUGUGUGUGUGUGUGUGUGUGUGUUAAGCUUUUGAUAAUACAGUCUUCUCUUUGUUAGUUAUAUCAUUUAAUAUCUGUAUUAUUUUGUAAUGCAUGUAUGAUACUGAUUAGAUAAACAAUGUCUAGAAUGCA